AUGGCUAAGAGGAAGCGUACCAUGCCGGAUCCUCAGCCACCGCACACCAAGCAGACCCGCGAAGACGAAACAGGAAAAACAAUCAAGCGGAGCAAGAACAUUGUUGAUGAAACGAACGCGCUUGAUGCCGCCAGCCUCGCUGAUCAGUACUUUGACCAGACACACUGGCAUUACGCUCGAGGCUCGGAUGUUUCGAAAAUCACACUCACAUUCGCGGAAGAUCUUACAACGGCGGAGCUGAAUAGGUGCUUCAACCUGAUAGAGGGCACGAGUCGCGAGGACUAUGAGCCCAGUAGCUUCGGGUGGCACCCUACAAGGAAAAGGCGUGAAAUGAAGGAGAAGGAGAUGCGCUAUCUGCAAGUAUACAAAGCUUCACCAGGGGAGCCAGACCAGUUUGAGGGCUUCUUGAGCUUCAUGGUCACGCACGACUCUUCCCCAGUGGUGCCAGUGCUUUACAUAUACGAGAUCCAUCUCACAGAUAACGCGCGGGGGAAAGGCUUGGGCUGUUUUCUGGUCGGAGUUGCAGAUUCUGUCGCGCGCAAGAUUGGAUUGGAGAAAGUGAUGUUGACCUGUUUCUUGAGCAAUACGACUGCUCGCAGCUUUUACGACAGACUUGGUUACAAGACAGAUGUUUGUUCCCCAGAGGAUCGUACAACCAGAAAGAAAAUCGUCAAGGUGGACUACGUUAUCAUGAGCAAAGACGUCUCAGCAAUGAUGCCGACUGAGACUGAACACGACAGUGGUUUGGAGGUAUCACAGUCCGAUUCAUUUGCGCUGGACGAGGACGACGCUGACGAGUAUCCAAGCCUUGAGUAG